AUGUCCCGCAUUUAUCGAUCGAAGGCUCAUGUGCACAUUCCUAUUGAUAUUUCAGUAUCUGAAGCAUUUCUUCUAAAGCCUGCAGUGCCUAUUCCCAGAGACAAGAUAAUAUUCGAGGAAGCAAUCACAGAAAAGACCAUAACCUAUCAUGCUUUUAAAGGUCAUGUUCUUCAGACGGCUUGUUGGCUCAAGCACGGUCUCGUUGUUGAUCCUGAAGACGUAGUCACAAUAACAUCUCCAAGCUGCAUUGACUACAUUGUCGCCGCCCAUGCUAUCUGGUGGCUCGGCGGGGUGGUGUCACUGGUCAACUAUGCCGUGUCGCCGAAGGACAUGACAUAUGCAUUGAACUUGGUUCAACCAAAGGUUAUUCUUGCUGGGCCUUCAAUCAUUGAUAAAGCGUCCAAUAGCUUGCGAAUGUCAUCGAUAUAA